AUGGCACCAUUCAGUGUUGAGUAUCUCUAUGUUGAGAUUGCAAACAAGGAAGAGGAUUUGUAUGAAAUUGACAUUCCAUUAAAAUUCACUGCUUCUGUGGGCACAAGGAUACAUGGUUUAGCAUGUUGGUUUGAUGUUCUCUUCAAUGGAAGUGCAAAGGUGGUUGAUGAUAGCUUGCAGGACAUCCUUCGUCUUCUCACUUUGUGGUUCAACCAUGGAGCUACUGCUGAUGUUCAAACAACACUACAUAAAGGUUUUUCACAUGUUAACAUGAACACAUGGUUGGUUGUUUUAACUCAGAUCAUUGCAAGAAUCCACUCAAAUAAUCAUGCUGUGAGAGAGUUGAUACAAUCUCUUCUCGUUCGCAUAGGACAAAGCCAUCCACAGGCUCUUAUGUACCCUCUUCUUGUCGCAUGUAAGUCAAUAAGCAAUUUGAGGAAGGCUGCAGCUCAGGAAGUGGUUGACAAAGUGAGGCAGCACAGUGGUCUGUUGGUUGAUCAGGCACAACUUGUGUCGGUUGUAUUUUGGUGAACAUAAUAUUGAGGGAAUGCUUAAGGUUUUAGAACCAUUGCAUGAAAUGCUUGAAGAAGGCCUGGGAUCUGUACUAUCAUGUCUGUAGAAGGAUAGAUAAGUAGCUUCAAUCUCUUACAACUCUAGACCUGCAGGCAAUUUCUCUAGAAUUAGUAGAGUGUCGUGACUUAGAGCUUGCUGUUCCUGGAACUUAUUAUGCAGGAUUUCCGUGUUGUUUUUGAUCAAGAGUUGGGAUUGAUAUUGAAGCUAACAGACAUGAUGAUUGGUUGGAUACAUGAAGGGUUUCAGAGCUUCUUUAGACAGCUUAAUGAUGAGGAACUAAAACAAGAAAGGUGCCCCUUUAUAGCAAUGUAGUAUUAGGUUAUAUAGUUGGGGAAAACCUCUUAAUAACAAUGUACAAUCAGAU